AUGGACCUGAACAAUACAUCAACGAGUUCUUCAACUAGCAGUCAUUACAACUACCCAGAACUAAGCCUAUGGGAACUCUUGCAGAUGGCCGUGUUUUGUUUCCUCGGCCUUCUGACCGUCAUCUUCAAUCUCUUCCUUUUCGCCGUUCUCAAAAGGGGUAAGGAUAUCUUCGAUGACGUCACGGUUCUGCUGUUCCGGAGCCUGGCGACUACGGACAUCUGUACAGGACUCACGGUGUCCGUCCUUGAAGGAAUUGUCUUCUACUUCCGGGAUUUCCCCUACAGUUAUACGGCUUGUAUGUACAUGCCUUUUGCGUGUUGCUGCAUGAUCUUGAGCGCAUUAGUCCAUGUGUGUCUGAUGAACCUGCAGCGUUUCACUGCCAUCAGCUACCCGUUCCUGUACCUACGGAUUGCGAGUGUGAAGCGCGUACACAUCACCCUCGGCGUCACCAAGAUCAUCAUCAUCUGCAUUUCGCUUAUCCUUCUACCUCUCGAAAACUUCCCAUUAAAAUCAGUUUUUGAGACCAUGUGUGAAUCAAGAUCUUUUUUUAGCGUGGUCUUCGAUACAGGAGCUUUGUCUACUGCAGCAACGGCCUCGCUAAUCUUCCUGGCGCUCGUGACGACCAUCCCCGUGAUCGUUCUCACCUACACCAAUGUGCGUCUCCUGAUUUUGGCUAGCAAAAAACGUAGAGGGCGCCCCGACAAACUUGGUAAUCAGACACGAAAAGUGAAUGCAAGCGUCAACGGAGAAGGUAGCAAAAGCAGAUGCGCAUACCGUCGUCUACCCAAAGGCCUGAGGACAGUGGUCGUUAUAACAUUCCUCUUUUAUUUCUCCAUUGCACCUUUUGUGAUUGCCCUUUCCGCGCUACUUUUUCAGCCAAGUUGGUCUAAGACAGGAUAUGACGUCAUCUAUUUCAUUUCCGUGUUCGCAAUCAUAAGCAGUUGCUGGUGGAACGUACCUGUCUACAUCUUGACAAGUGUUUCUUUUCGGAAGAGGGCGCUGUUGAUGCUGCGAAGGGUGUGCCAUCUGCGUCGCAAGGGGGAUCCCACUGGCCAACCAUCCUCCGCAGACACCUUCAAUGAGUCGACAAAGCAGGCUGUACAAUCGUGA